AUGGCUGACUACAUUAUAAAGGCUGCGGAAAUGUAUAAUGGUUGUUCACCAAAAGAUAUUCGCAAACUGGCUUACGAACUGGCAAAAAAAUACGAGUUGAGAAGACCUCCUCAGUGGGAUGAAAAUGGCCUAGCAGGUGAAGACUGGUUUUCGUCUUUUAUGAAAAGAAAUCGUCAGCUAUCCAUAAGCUGCGCACAACCAACCAGUCUUUCAAGAGCAACAAGUUUUAAUCUGACAAAUGUCAAUAUUUUCUUUGACAAUUUAGCAAAGAUAUUAGAUCGAGAGCAUUUUGAGGCUAAAGAUAUAUAUAACGUCGAUGAAACCGGCGUUACGACAGUACAAAAACCGGAUAGAGUUGUCACAAGGAAAGGAAUGAGACAAGUUGGGGCUCUAACUUCAGCCGAACGUGGAACUUUAGUUACCAUUACAGUGGCUGUAAAUGCUAUUGGUAAUGCUACACCACCUAUGUUCAUUUUUCCCAGACUAAGAUAUCAGGAACAUUUUGUUAGAGAUGGGCCUGUAGGUUGUAUUGGUAGCGGUAAUGCUAGUGGGUGGAUGCAAGAGGAACAAUUCGUUAUAUUUUUGACCCACUUUCAGAAAUACACUAACUCAUCUAUUACCCAGAAAGUAUUGUUAUUACUUGACAAUCAUUCUUCACAUAUAUCCAUACAGGCACUGGAUUUCUGUAAGGAGAAUGGUAUUGUUGUUUUGUCUUUCCCUCCACACUGCUCCCAUAAACUGCAACCAUUAGACCGGGCUGUAUAUGGACCAUUUAAAAAGGCGGUUAAUUCGGCUUGUGACAGUUGGAUGAGAAAUAACCCUGGAAAGACAAUGACAAUAUACGAUAUCCCAAGUAUUACAAGGACAGCAUUGCCUCUAGCACUAACUCCAACGAAUAUUCAAGCUGAAUUUCGAUGCACUGGUAUAUUUCCAUUCAAUAGAGAUAUUUUUAGCGAACUAGAUUUUGCCCCAUCAUUCGUAACAGAUAGACCUAUUCCAUCACCACAUGGUAUUGAAGAAAGUCUAACACCCGCAAAAACCAAUCAAACAGCGUCAAGCAUAGUAGAACCAUCGACAAGUAGUAUAACACAGCCACAUACAACAACACCAUCGCCAAUCACUCAACCAUCUACAAGUUCUAAACUGACACAAUUAAGUUUCGAACAAUCAACAUGCAUGCAAACAGCUACAUGUUCUCAUCCCUCGACAAGCAGUCCACAUUCAAAUACACCACAACAAGCGAAUAUGGCAAAGGAAAUAGCCCAAGCAACUAUUCAGGCAGGAUUCGCUCCUGCAUUUUCUCCAGAAUCCAUAAGACCUUUUCCUAAAGCUCCCCCAAAGAAAGAAUCAGUGCAAGAAAGCAACGAAAAAGAAAUCGACAGUUUACACGGACACGCCUGA